AUGAAGCAUAAUGGCGGCGACUUAAAAGUGAAAUGGAAUCAUCAUGGCCAUAAAUACAAAUUUAUUCUUACAAAGCAAGAAUUAGCUCAAGAUGAUGCUUUUGAAAUUUUAUUGCGAAAAAUUCGUCGACAAUUACCAGAUUUUAACGAUGUAUUAGCAAGUUAUGAUAAACAUGGUAGCGAGAGUAUUGUGGCAACAGAUAACGAAUUUCGUCAAAUAAUUCGUCUCUCUAAAGGACACGUCAAAAUGUAUACAGUACGAAGAUGUUUGUAUACACAUCCGUUUCGAUCACAUUCCAUUCCACUUGAUAUUGCUCGAUUAAAACGACUAUCUCUGCGAUCGACUAGUUGCUUACGAGGACCACCACCAUCGUAUCGGGAAAGUCAAAAAGAUGCAAUGCUACAAAUUCACAACUCAUACCAUACGUUACCUCAUUGGGUCACACCGCUUUCUCAGAUACCAUCAUCUAAUUUUGGUUGUGCUUGCGCUCAUUAUGAUACUGCGAUUAGUACCGCUCCGAGAAAUGGACGUUAUGGACAAUCAUUAAUUUAUGGUUAUCCACCUCAAUCAUUCAUGAUGCAUAGCUUUUUAUGUUCACCAUUUCCAUUUGGUGGACAUCAUCGAAGAUUAUCGUUUUAUCAGUCCUACUGCCAAUGGUAA